AGAGAACGGAGCCGGAAAUGUCAGAGGCGUCUGCGGUUCAGCUGGUGGCCGGCUCGGUUCCUUCCUGCGGAGAGCCGGACUUCCUCCGCCUGAGGAGUAGGCAGCCGGGAGUCUCCGGGAGCAGCCUCGGGAAGGAGUCUCUCUGAACGGGAAGCCCGAAGUCCUUGGCUCGGCGCCCAGCAGUGACCCGGAGAGGAGCGGGGACGCCAGAGGAUGCGACCGGGGAGUGGCCAGCCCCGUCGCUGCUGGCAAUAUGUUAUAACGGCAAUAUGUACUACUUAUGCGUGGUUUGAAGUUCAUUUCCAAUGACUUAAUAAGAGUUGACAAAUAAUGAAGAUAUAAUCCUCUUACGAACCAAUACAUGCUGGUUGGAAUCAGUGAACAAUAAUGAGUGGUGCAGCUUUGGGCAUUGAGAUAGUUGUCGUCUUCUUUUUGGCAUUAAUCAUACUACAUCGAUAUGGUGACUUUAAAAAGCAGCACAAACUUGUGAUUGUUGCAACACUAUUAGCUUGGUACCUUUGUUUUCUCAUAGUCUUUAUACUGCCCUUAGAUGUCACUACGACUAUAUACAAUCGGUGUAAACUUGAUAUAAAUGAGUCAUACACAAGUCCCACCAACAGUGGAUCAGCAGUGCAAAAUCAAGACACUAAUCCUACUCAGAGUAAACACAAAUGUAUCAAACCAUGGAGUUAUAUCCCUGAUAGAAUUAUGCCCAUUUUUUGGCGUGUUGUAUACUGGACAUCACAGUUUUUAACAUGGAUUCUGUUACCCUUUAUGCAGUCCUAUGCUAGAUCAGGAGGUUUUUCCAUUACCGGGAAGAUUAAAACAGCGUUAAUUGAAAAUGCUAUAUAUUAUGGAACGUACCUUUUGAUUUUUGGAGCGUUCUUGAUAUAUGUAGCUAUAAAUCCAAAUAUCAGCUUGCAAUGGAAUCAACUUCAGACGAUUGGAAUAGCUGCUGCCAAUACCUGGGGCCUCUUUCUGCUUGUGUUGCUGUUAGGAUAUGGCUUAGUAGAAAUCCCACGCUCUCACUGGAAUGGAGCUAAAAAGGGCUACCUUCUCAUGAAGACCUACUUCAAGGCUGCUAAACUGAUGACCGAAAAGGCAGAUGCAGAAGAAAACCUGGAGGAUAUUAUGGAGGAGGUCCGUAAAGUAAAUGAAAGCAUCAAAUACAACCAUCCUUUGAGGAAAUGUGUGGAUACAAUACUAAAAAAGUGUCCCACGGAAUAUCAGGAUAGGAUGGGUCGAAACAUGGAUGAUUAUGAAGACUUUGAAGAAAGAUCCAAUACUUAUCCAACAGAGAAAAGCCUAGUGAAGCUUCAUAAGCAGGUAAAUUAUUCAGUUCAAAGACAUCAUCGUACACAAGUCCAGUGGCAAAUUCUUUUAGAGCAAGCCUUUUACCUGGAAGAUGUGGCAAAAAAUGAAUCCAGUGCCACUCGUCAAUUUGUUCAUACUUUUCAGUCUCAAGAAGCUGAAAACAAAAUUAUCCAAUAUCUCUAUACACCAACUCUUGAAUGGUAUUGGGAAUGCCUUCUACGACCAUGGUUCCACAGGAUUCUCGCCAUUAUCCUGGCCAUCUUUUCCAUCGUCGUCGUGUGGUCAGAAUGUACGUUUUUCAGCCCAAAGCCAGUUCUGUCCCUCUUUGCAGUCUUCAUACGACUAGCGGAAAAGAAUUACAACUAUUUUUACAUAGAGAUGGCUUGUUUUUUUACAAUCUUUUUCCUGAGUAUCUGCGUUUAUUCUACGGUCUUCAGGAUCCGUGUAUUCAACUAUUAUUACUUAGCUUCACACCAUCAAACAGAUGCAUAUAGUUUGCUUUUCAGUGGCAUGUUAUUCUGUCGUUUGACUCCUCCACUGUGUCUGAAUUUUUUGGGCUUGACUCAUAUGGAUGCAGCAAUUUCCCAGAGAACCACGGAUCAGCCAACUGCAUAUACCUCUAUUAUGGGAUCGAUGAAAGUAUUGUCCUUCAUAGCAGAUGGCUUUUAUAUUUAUUAUCCCAUGCUGGUUGUCAUUCUCUGCAUUGCUACUUACUUCAGUUUAGGAACUCGGUGUUUGAAUCUUCUGGGAUUCCAGCAGUUCAUGGGAGACAAUGAGAUGACAUCAGACCUCAUAGAUGAAGGGAAAGAGUUAAUCAGAAGAGAAAAGAGAAAACGGCAAAGGCAGGAAGAUGGUGAUAACAGGAGACGGGAGUGGAAAGAACGGUAUGGAAACAAUCGUGAACCUUCAACAAGAAACAGAAAUAUUCAAGCAGACCAAAAAGAGUCUAGUUUCACAGAGAUCAAUACAAACAGAUUGACUUCCAAGUACACCAGGUCAAAUGGAAGGAGCGAACGGGAUACAGUGGAACUUCUACAGGACGCAGAACCUCUGGACUUCAAUGCAGAUUCAGUCAAUGAAGAUCCUCUUGAUUCUGAAUCAGGAAGGUACCAACCUGGCGGAAGAUAUUUGUCAAUGUCUCGAAGUAGAAUAUUUGAUGAUGUCUAAAGCCUCCAAAUACUUGGAUCUCACUCUGGAAAAACACCCUUUCUGUUUCUCAUUCUGCAGCCGAAUCAGCUUCAGUUCACAAGAAAAGAAUGUGAGGAAUAAGGAACUUUUUUUCCUCCAAAAAAAUGCACUUUGUAGAAUUAGUUGCCCACUUCAAGAUGGGCUUAGAGCAUUGGUUUCUAACCCCCGCAGCAGUGCCUUUUCUACCUUCCCCCUCACUCCUUCAAACUUUGAAUAAGAUGCGAAUAAGAAGAGAAGGGGCACAAAGGAGAAAGGGGUGCCAGAUGGCCCAGAGACAGAAAGGCCUUGAUAUUUGGGGUUAUUCUUAUCUCUUAAUGAAGAAGCCUGUUCAGUCUCAAAAGCCUCUCCUAGAUUUUAGAAGCUGACCAUACAUACAGGGAGUAUGGUUUUGACUUAUUGAGUUGAAUUAAGGUAAAGGUAAUGCAGAUGCAAUCUUAAAAUAACAAAUGUUGGGCCCAAAAUAAAAUUGUAAAUGUGCACCUGUGGGAAGUUUUCUUUUUGGGUGGUGGUGUUGGGAAGACUUUAGGUUUGAAAGAGAUUUGUAAGGAUAACACAGUUAGGUUUUCCUAAUGGCAGUUCAUUAGAUUGUCCCUAUUUGGUGCAAAUAUUUUUGGUUAACUUUUAUUCCAGCUUUGGGAUGAUUCGUGAAAGGCCAUCCAGAUAGGUUUGGGUUCUCCAUUCAAGUUCUCGAAGACCUAGAGUGAUUUUACAAAUCUACAGAAAAUAGCUUUUCCUCAAUGCCUGCCUAAUAGUCACUGAACAGGAAACAAUUUAUGUUUUCUUUAUCUAUUUAGCAAAUGACAUUUGCACGCAUAAGAAUAUUGAUAAAAUCUUAAUCAUAUCUUAACAGUUUGAAAACACGAUAUUUAUAACUACAUAUACUGACAUAAAGCUAUAAGGGAAAAACAUCAUAAAAUAUCUUUUUAAGAUUCAUUGAUAAAAGCUGCUGGUAAAAAUAAUUCAGCUAAAUUAUAUUUUUGUCAUUCUGAAUUGCAAAGCUACAGUUUAAAGUCCAUUGCUUUAAAUAUAAUUUAAUAGUUCUUGCAGUUUGGAUCUUGCCUUUUGAAAAAAAUGAAUUCUUCUAGUAUUAAAAUGAAAAAAAAGAUGACAUCCAGCUAUUGCCUUACAAAGGAAAUCUGUUUUAAUCAAGACUGUAUUUUUACUGCUAGAGCAAUUUUUUCACUAGAGAGGAAAAAAAAAACCAUACCUUUUCAAAUAAAGAGAUGAGAUUUUUCAAAAUAAUUUUCAUAGGUAUUCAUUAAUGCUAUAGAGAAAUGUGUACAGUAUUAUUGAGACCAGACAAUAUUGGAAGAUGUUGAGAAAAAAAUAAGCAUUUGUCAUUGUUUGUUUUCUUGAAGCCAAAUCCGGUGAUUAGAUAUUGAUUAUCAUGAGGAUUUAAACAUCUAUCACUAUCCUGUGUUUCAUACUGGAAGGGGAUUUGUGUUUUUAUUUUAUUUAUUUUACUUGUUUGCUGCCCAUCUCUCCACGAUAUUUUUUGUCAUUUUAUAAAAGCAAGGGAUGUAAAUAUUUUGAUUAGUGAAUAGUAAUGCUGUACAACCGAUUUUUUUUGUUGUUGUUGGAUAGAUUUUAAACAUCCCAAAACAAUGCAACCUAAAGGCACAGUGUUUGGCAGAUUUUUAUGAGUACAAAGAUGUUUUUGUAACAACUGUAUAAAUAAUGUGGGAUAAUUUAUUGGGCAUUUCCUUAUAGUAUCCAAAUUCAGAUGUAGCAUGAGAAAGUAACAAGGAAGAGAUUGAAGAAAAUAGACAGAGUAAUGGUUGAUCCGUGUAUUUUAUAAUACGUAAACCAAAACAUUCAUUUUAGAGGGAGAAAGGCAGAGGUGGGUUCCUACUGGUUCGGACCAGUUCGGCCGAGUAGGUAGUAACUCAGCUGGACAGGCCCCCGAACUGGUUCUAUCAAUGGUGCCAUAGGCGCCGCCAUCUUGGUUUUUUUACUAUUGCGCAUGCACGCAUAGGGCCCAUUCGGCAGUAACAAAAGCCAGAACCCAUCCCUGGAGAAAGGUAUUGUGAUUCACAGUAGCUUCAGUGAAGCAUCAUUUUAGGCAAUGUGCAUUUACAAAGCGAAUAGCUUACAUCUGUCAUGUAUGACUUGGGAUGCUAUUUUCAUGAAUGCUGAAAUUACAUUCAGUGCUCAACCUACCAAAUAUAUGACUGAUAGAAAUUGGAAUGUACUGGCAAAUGAAUUUGCAAAUUGUUAUAUUAAUCCCAGUUUAACAAUAAAUGUAGAAAUUAGAAAUUAUCUCAAUGACAUAAAUUGUUCCAAACAUCUCAUGUCUAUUAAGAAAAGUUGCUUUAGAGUUAUCAAAUUUCUUCCAAACAUUUUUUGAUCCCCAGAAAAAGGUCCGAUAUUUUUAAUACCUUGUUUUGAUAAACAGGAAUUUGGUUAACUGGUAAAUUGAGAACUUAACAAUGAGGCUUCUGAAAAGUUGUUAAAAUUUGCUUCAGAAGUUAUUGGCUCAAAUGCACAGUUGUAGACUAGAUGGUCUCUUUUGGGAAGUGAGCUGGAAUUUCCCAUGUAAUUUCCUUUAAAGUUUGGAAAUGGACUAGACUAUGGGAUAUUCUCAGGUGACUGACAGAUCAAGUGAGGAAGAUUUGGUUUGAAAUAGUACUUUUUUCUUCUUGAAAUUCUUUUGGGGAGAUAAACAUGUUUUUUUUUUUUAAUCUGGGAUCACCUUCAAAUUGAAGUCAGGCAGCUUGCAUAAAAGCAUAUAAAACAUUCCAGCCACCAAUUCAAACUGCUUGAUACAUUAAGUAUUAAAACUUCAGUGUCUUGCUUUAUGAAUGCUGCUUUGGAACUUUAUGCCACAACGAAAAAAUUUAAAAGAUUUCUAUAUAUUUGUGAAGCUGACUCAUUUUUUCACUUGUAAGAGUGGCCUGAUCAUUGUGCUUGUUGUGUGAAAAACUUUGAUUUCUUCUUUUAAAACAAAUUGGAAAGUGUGGCUUUUUAGCAGAUACAUUCAUGCAAAAAUUUAUAUUUGCCAUUGAAUUCUUUCUUUAUACCUAAUGGUAAAGUUGGAACUGAAAUAAUUGCUUUGUAAAUAAUAUUGGGGUUUGGAGUCAUGAUCAGUGAGAUAUAUAUUUAAUGCCAGUAAGUAAUUGUUAUUUAUAUCUAAUUAGGGAUGUGUGCAUUACUGUAGAAUAAAUUAAAGUAAAAAUGCAAUGCUGUAUAUGAAUGGAAUUAAAAUGAACUUUACAAUAUGUUUCUCUAAUUGUCAGUGUUUCAUGUGUAUCUGAAAUGCCGAAGGAGAUGCCUGAACUGAGUGCAGAGAAUUAAAAUAAUAAUAAUAAGGGACAUCUGUAUAUUAAAUAAAUUGUUUUUUAGUUGUGGUAAACAUUACAAAAUGUGCAUUACUGCUGAAGAAAUCUUUUGGAAGUGGAAUUUUCACAAUUUUUCUUUGCACAAAUUUAUGCUGCUAAUGGUAUUGUCAAAGAAUGGUUGGAACAUUUUUUUUUCAUUUUCCACAGGGCUCAAAAAUAGUGAAGAUCAGCUAAUUGAAUGUUAUUUUGCAAUCUUGGUAUAUAAUACUGUAUGCGGUAUAUUACAAGAUGCCAAUGAUUUUCAUGUUUGUCAUCAUUAAUACUUGGAGAUAUAAUAAAGUUCAUUUAACAUUAAAAUAAGCAUCAUUUGCGGAAUAAAAUGGAGAAUCGUGCUGAAAAAUCUGUGUUCUGAAUUUAGCAAUUCCAGUGCUAGUUUUUCUUCUGUGAUUAUUUCUAAAAAUGUAUAAAAUAGAAAAAGGAAAAAAUCUUGAGAGAUCUGAAUAUGUCCACCCAAACUUUCUUUAAAGAGCUUUCCCCACCUUUGUUACUUUUCCAUUACUUCUUUCUGCACUUUCUGUCUACGCUUCCUAAAUCAGAAAACAUUUCAACUACAUCAUGAUUCCUUCUCUCUAAGUAACAUGAAGUUUGAGUGUGAGUUUCUUAUUUUACCAAUUAGUGCUCCUUUUGCUGUAGUGUAUCUACUGAUAUUGGCCAAACUACAAGUGUUCAGCGUGAAGGAAAUUUGCCAGAAUUUUACCCCUUGUAAAUAUAGAAGCUAUGCUAGAUUUUUAUUUGUGUUAGUGGAUGGAUGACAUGAUUAUAGAUCAAAAGAAAUCAAGAGGAUGAUUUAUACUACCAAUGGGACAAAUACCACUCUAUCACUAAUAAUGAAGCAAGAUUGUGUUCCUUGAACAACACAAUAGGUAAACAAAAAUACUGAAGCCUGAGCAUUGUGUUUCUGUCUCAAUAAUCUUAAAUUGUAUAUUUACAAACUGAUGUGCCCACUAUGGUUUUUACUUCAUUUGUUUUUGUUUAUAUAAUUUAUUUCUCUGGAAAAUAAGGGAUGCUUGAAUGAAUUCAUAAAAUGCCUUGCAAGUGCAUGUUACACAUGGGCUUUGAGAGCAUGACUAAGUGAAUUCCCUUUCUCUUCAUCCCUUCAGUGCAGACAUGUAUAUCUUCUUUGGAUAUCCAGAAUUUCAGACCUGUAAAUUAUUUAUGUACUGAUCUUUUUUAAUGUACAUUUAAAUCUAAUUAAAUAAAGUUUGCCUGAAUGGA